AUGGACUGUCACAUGCUCAUGAUAUGGGUACUCUCCACGCUGGUAGAUGCCUCUACCGACAGUGGCGAGGCCAUCAACAUCACCACAACCACCAUCAACGAUACUACCCAGGCCCCAACAAUGUUACUGCCUGACAACCUCCUGGCGAGCCUCAGCCCCAUGCUGGACAUGUACCUUCCACCGGCCGUCAGAGACUUCCUGGUGUCCUGUCACCGAGCAAUCACCAGCUGGCUCGGCUUCGAUCCCACAAUCCUCCUAUCCCUGGGUCCUAUCGUAUGGGCCGCCAAAAGACUCUGGUCCGAGGUAAAAAUGCUGCUGGUCGAAGACAUCAUCUGCAACUGGUUCACCGCCAGAGUCGAAGUCGGUGACGACGACCCGAUCUUCAUCCACAUCAUGCGUUGGGUCGCCGUCCAGCCCAACUCAGCCAAGACACGCUUCCUUCAAGCCGACACCAUAGCCGGCAGCGCCGACGACCAUGACGAAGACGACGAGGCCGGAGCCGCUGCCGCUGCCGGAGCUGCCGCUGUCAAAACCGCCAUUACCACCUCGGCCACUUCCGUCAGCACCAGCACCAGCACUACCAAUAACACCACAGACCCUUCCAACACCACCGCCGCCGCCGCCGCCAAAAACAAGAAAAAACAAGCCCCCACCAUCCUCCCCAACGGCGAAGCCUGCCUCAACUUCUCCACGCACAAGCACCAAAAACCCCCUCGCUUCCUCCCCGCCGUCAACGUGCCCUACACCUUCACCUUCGCCGGCACCUACUUCUGGCUCAACCGGACGCGCUCCAACAUUGCGCACCAGUCCGAGUGGCGGGGUCUUUCGAUGCGUCGCGAGGAGAACCUCGUCAUCACCUGCGUCGGCUUCUCCGCCGGGCCCAUCAAGCACUUUAUCCAGUUCACCAAAGAAUGGAACCACAACCGCCAGGCGGCCACGACCGUGGUGCGCCGUCCGGCGCGGCCCGAGAUGCGCAUCUACGGCGGCCGCCAUGUCUGGACGGAAGUGGCCGAUCGGCCCAUCCGGCCCAUGGACACGGUGGUGCUGGACGAGAAGCAAAAGCUGAUGGUGUUGCAGGAUAUGAACGAGUAUCUGCACAGGGACACGGCGCAGUGGUAUGGCGAGCGGGGCAUUCCGUUGCGCAGGGGGUACCUGUUUCAUGGCCCGCCGGGGACGGGCAAGACGAGCUUGAGUUUUGCGCUGGCGGGGGUGUUUGGGCUGGAUAUCUUUGUGAUUUCGUUGUUGGAUCAGAAUCUGACGGAGGACGAUCUGGGGAUGUUGUUUACGAAUCUGCCGAGACGGUGUGUGGUGCUGUUGGAGGAUAUUGAUACGGCGGGAUUGGUGAAUAGAAAGGAUGAGACGGAUGAGGAGAGUAGUAGUAGUAGUGAGAGUAGUGGUAGUGAUGCAGGUGGGAGUAGUGAUAGUGAUGAUGAUUAUUUGAUGAGUGAGAAGAAGAGGGCACUGGAGGUGAUAUUUUUGGAGGGAAAGUUGGCGAGGAAGAAGAGGAAAGGGAAGGGAAAGCAGGUGACGGCAGAGCAGGAGGCUCUUGAGAAGGAAGUGGCGGAGAAGUUGGCUGCCUUGAAGGAGAUGCUUAAAGAGGGCAAUGACGAGGAAAAGGCAGAUGAGACGGUUACUGACGAAAAGAAUACCACUCCUGAAAAGGAGAAACAGAAACCUGCUGCCCCUGAGGGCGAAGAGAAGCCCACCUCUUCUGCAGAUGAUGCCAGAGAAACUGGAGAGAAAAUAACGAAACAAGAAUCUAGCAGCACUACUGACAAGAAGAAGAAGCCCAUGACGGCCAAAGAGAAGAAGCACAAGAAAAAGCAGAAGAGGAAAAGGAUGUCGAAGACGUUCGCUGCCACUACACUUCAUAACCUGGACUUGGUCCGGAGACAGUACGGUCGCAGACGGCCGUCUCCGUAUGACCGAGAACGGGGCAUUUCGCUAUCAGGUUUACUCAACGCCAUCGACGGCGUUGCCUCGCAUGAAGGCCGCGUGCUCAUCAUGACAACCAACAAGCCAGAGAAGCUAGACGAAGCACUACUUCGACCGGGCAGGGUCGACAUCCAGAUUGCUUUCCUCAACGCCACGCAGGAACAAGUCAGGGAGCUAUUUGAGAGGAUGUACGAAGCCGAUGUGGUGAACCCAGCCACAGUGACAUUUACCCAGGUUGGGAAUAAGGUCACAGCUAGCACCACAUCGGCAGCUACUACAUUGCCUCCAGUCGGUCAUUCUCCUCACACGGGGGUUGCGUCCCCGGAUGGCACCGGCACAGGCACCGGCACCACCGCUGAGAAGGAUGAAGAAAAACAACAACAGCCCCCCAUAGACCCCAAGAUCGUUGAUCUCAAACUCCUCGACGACAACAACCUCCGCAAGUCCUCCAUCAGCAGUUGCUCUAGUGACGCAACCGUCAUUGGCGAAGAGGACAACGCCGCUGCUCCUCCUCUUGUUCCCAUCAUCACCGCCGCCGCCGCGGCGACAGCCAAAGACAAGGGGAAACAACAAGAACCAGCAGAAGAAAAGACGGAAAGUCCCGUCCCUCUCCACAUUACCCCCCUAACUAGACAAGAACUCCAAAAGAUCGCCAGGGAGUUUUCCCUGAGAAUCCCGGCAUCCCAGAUCCUCAGUCCGGCGGAGAUCCAGGGCUUUCUGUUGAGGCGCAAGAAGGACCCCAGAAGGGCGUUGGCGGAGGUGGACAAGUGGGUGGAGGAGCUGGUCAAGGCGAAGGAGAGUAAGAGCAAGAUUUUGGAUGCUAAGGCUAUUUGA